AUGGCGCAACCAGCGUCAAAGCCAACAUUUUCCGUCGAAGAUACGUCCAAAAAAUUGAAAGUUGAAUUAGCACGAUUAUUGAAUGAAAAAGAUGGCGAUACAAAUUUGGCUCAAGUACUUAUGGAUCGACUUAUAGACAAUGUGCGUCGGUUAACCAUGGAACAAGCUGGAGAUAUUCUUCGCUUUGUAUUCUAUCCAUUUGGAACGGGCAUACUCAAUCUCAGUUCACAGGUGACAGCUAUCAAGAUGGCUAACCUUAUGGCUUGGUGGCUAAGAGCAAAGCCUAGUGAAGCUCCAGCACGAGGUUUACUUGAACAUGUUCGAGAACGACGAAUUACUGUUUUAACUAUGUUGCCCAAUGGUCAACUUCAAGUUGAUCGACAAGACGAUCAAAACAAACCACUUACUCUUGUUCAUCUAAUUCGUCUAUUUCGUUGUCCUCAUUGUACCGGCAAAGAAAUGAAUGGAUUAAUUCAAUUACUUACGGAAUGUAUCAAUUACAAUGAGAAUAAUGCUGUCGAUAUGUGCAAGUUUCUUGUUCAACCAACAUUUUUCGAAGCAAUUUGGCGAAUCUAUUUCGAUCCAUUAAUAAUCGAAAGUGUUCAAAGUACAGAUCCUACAGUUCGUUCUGAUGCUGUUAAUCAAUUAGCAUAUCGAUCAAAACAAAAGCUUAUUGUAAAAUGGACUGAUGGUCGUGAAGAUGAAUGCAAUGAUGGAUGUGCUCUACCACGUCUACGUGUUAAUGAUCUUGUUCACAAAGCACUUGAUGCUUGUCAAGAUUCUGAAGAACUUAAGAAUUUAUUAAAACCUAUGAGUUUAACAAGUAUAAAAGCUAUUUAUAUAUUUCCCAUAUGGCUUGAACUUUUUCGUUAUUUAUUGGAAUUAAAAUCAAAAUUUUUCGAUAUUGAAAUGUGUGAAAUUAUAUUCGAUCGUUUACAAGUUCUUGAUAUGAGUGGUUAUGAAAAAGAAUUACAACAAUUUAUUAUUAAUCUAUUCAGUAUUUGGCCAACUAUAGAUGAUGAUAAUUUACAUAAAUUUGUUUUACAUCAUAUUGUUCAAUUUAUAAAAAGAAUUAUUGAGUGUAAAACAGAUGAAUCAAAUAUUCUUAUUGAACAAUUAACAGAACAUAUUUGUGCAAAUACACCAGUUUCUAAUGUACGUGGUCAUAUGUGUUUUUAUAUUCUACUUAAAGAAUUACUACCAAAAUAUUGUGAAGCACGUUUAAUAAAAGCAAUUAAAAAAAUUGAUAAAGAUGUUAUUUUAUAUUAUAUUAAUUAUGUUAUUGAAAAUAAUCAAAAUGAUACAUAUGAUCAUUGUUCAAUUUUAAUAUCAAUAUUGGAUCAUAUAAGUGCGUUUACUGAAAUUGAUUUAUUACGUCCAAUUAUGAGUUACAUUAUUAAAUAUCCAUUAAAUAUGAUUUGUUUUGAACUUCUCAAACAUUCACUUUGUCCAAUAACAACAUUAGUUACAUAUGUUCAACAGGCAACUCAUCAACAAAUAAAUGAAUUACUUCAAUGUAGUGAAUUAGAUAUUGCUAAACAAUUCAUUCCAACUCUAUUAACAAUUAUUGAAGCAUUAGCGAAACAAUCACAAACAGAAAAAUCUCUAUUUGAAUCUAGACUUCAUUUGAUUAUUCAAACAUGGUUAAUAAUUAUUGAUAUUCCAUCAAUAAUUAUUCGUCUUAUUGAAUUACUUCUUGAUAUUGGCUAUUCAAAAUAUAAUAAAUAUAAUAUAGAUAUUGCAAAUUUUUUUCUUCAUCAAUAUUUAACUAAAUUUCUAUCAAUUAAUUUCGAAAAGCCAAGUCAAUUAUCUCAUAUUGUCUUAUUUCUUGCUUCAUUGGUUGAUAAUGAUUCUUCAACAACAAUUCAAUAUGAAUCAUUAUUCAAGGCUCUUUUUCGUCAAAUUGAAGAAUCUACAGAUAAUGAAUCGAUGGAUGUAUGUAAAUUUCAUUUACUUAGUCUUAGUAAUGAAAUUAUUAAAGAACGAUCACGUUCAAGACUUGUUGAAUUACUCUCACCAUUUACAUUAGAUAUUAUACCUAUAUUAGGUCGUAUAGGUGAAUUAAAACGAGCUGCUAUUAUUUUACUUGCCGAAAUUUUAGAAUUAUCACCUAAUGAACGUUCUAUACUUGAUGAACUUAUUGAAAAUCAAUCCGAUGAUGAUCAAUCAUAUGAUGUUAAAGUUAGUGAUCAACGACAGCAAACAUCAUUUUUUUCAACAGAACUUACUCAUACAUCGGAUAUUGUUCGAAUAGGACAUGAUGAUUUUAAUAAUGGACAUGAAUUAUUAAAUAAAUUAAAUAAAGCUGAAUCACAUGAAAUUGAUCAUAUAUUACGAUCAUAUUUAUCAGAUCGUCAUGUUAAUCAAUCACCUCCUAUUAUCGAUCAUCAAAAUAAAAAAGAUCGUUUAGUUUUAACAGCAACAGCACGAGAAAAUGUAACUAAAGUUCUUGAAGUACUUGAUGAUCCUGUUUCAAUUUUACUCGAAGGUAAUACCGGUGUAGGUAAAAGUGCAACUGUUAUGGAAGCAGCUAAACUAUCUAGUCGUGAACUUAAACGUUAUAAUAUGUCAUCACGUGUAUCUGUUGAUGAUUUACUUGGUAAAGUAACAAUUGUACCAGGUGAACAAGGUCAAUCAGUACAAUUUAAAUUCGAAAAUGGACCAUUUACAAUGGCAUUUAUCGAAGGUCAUUGGAUACUUUUUGAUGAACUUAAUCUAGCACAAGAUACUGUACUUCAAGCUAUUGAAUCAGCUCUUGAUAGACGACAAUUAGCUAUACGUGAUGGAAGUUCAGCACAACAAUCUGUUAUUGUUUAUCAUAUGCAUGAAAAUUUUCGAUUAUUUGCAACACAAAAUCCAAAUACAGGUUUUUUUAAAAAUAAACGUGAAAAAUUAUCACCAUCAUUUUUAAGUCGAUUUCGACCGCUUAUCUUUAAAGAAUUACCUGAUAUUGAAUGGCGUGAAAUAGCUCAUAAAAAAUUGUUACCUUAUUUAUUUGAUGAAGCAGAAAGUUUAGCUGAAUUAAUGGUUUCAAAUUUUAAUGCUAAAAUUAAGAAAAUGUUAAAUAAUAACGAGCAAACAUUAAUUGAAACAGGACCAUAUGCUGAAGUUUCCAUUCGUGAACUUCUUAAAUGGAUUGAUUUAAUUACUUGGCAAGCACAACAUAAUUUAUGGUCUUCAGAUGGAAUUCAACGAACAGCUUUACUUAAUUUUAGUGCUUGGUGUGUAUAUGGUGCUCGAUAUCGUCAUAUUGGUCGAACUCUUGUAGAAAAAAUUUUAACAGAUGAUGGUAAAGGUGGUUGGGGUAGUCCAGCAUUAAAUAAUAUUAAAUUUACUGUCGAUCAUCAACAAAAUAAAUUUUUUUUCGAUAAUGUACAAUGUUCAAUACGUCUCGAUUCAUCUAUUGACAAUUCUGAAAAUGAAUGGAAUCGUAUCAUAGAUUCUGCUGAAUUGAAAAAUAUCAAAUAUGAUAAAAAUCUAUGGAAUUUAGCUAUUCAAACUCAUCAAACAAUUCAUAAAAUAAUGCUUGAUAAAGAAUUUAUUAAUAAACAUGGUGUCUAUCGUAUUGAUCGUUCUUGGUUAGAAGAAUGGAUUAUAUCAGCUGUACAAUUUAAUCGACUAGAAAAACAAGAUGAUUUUGCUAAACAUGGUUGUCAAUUAUAUGAAAAUCAUGUUCGUCAUAUUCAAGCACAAAGAAAAAUUCGUUCAUGUUUUACAAAUAUAUUUAAAAAUAUUGAUUUUAAUAAAAUCAAUUUCAAAGAAUCUUUAGUACAACCAGAAAUACCAUAUGUUCUUACGGAUCGAGCAUUGAAAACACUUAAACAAAUAUGUUUUAAUCAAACUAUUAAACAACCAAUUCUUGUUACUGGUCCUGAAGGUUGUGGAAAAUCUGAACUUCUAUUAACUCUAGCAUGGUUCUGUGGUCAACAAGUACAACAAUUAAAUAUUACACCAGAAACUGAACCAUCAGCUUUGAUUGGUCAACUUAUUCCUAAUGAUAAUACUGAUAAAAAUGAACAAAAUAAAGAUAAAAAAUUAAUUUGGCAAAAUGGUGCUGUAACAACUGCAUAUACAACUGGUCAAUGGGUACUUUUAGAUAAUUUAAGUGUAGCUGAAUCAUCUGUACUUGAACGACUCAAUCCUGUACUUGAACAAAAUCCAAUGUUAUGUUUAACAGAAAAAGGUGAAAUAAAUGAACAAAAAAUGCAUCCAGAUUAUCAAAUGAUUGCUACAAUGACACCACCUGAUAGUCGUCAACAAUCACAUAGUAAUAUAAGUGGUGCAUCAAGUGAACUUUCACCAGCACUUUACAAUCGUUUCGGUAUUGUUCAUAUGAUGGAUAUAUCAUUUAGUAUGACUGAUAAUUCAUCGGAAAUACUUGAAAUUGCUAAAGCUCUUCUAUCCGAUGAAUCUGAUACUGAUUAUGAAUUAGCUGUAAAAUUAUGUCGUACAAUUCUUGAAUUCUAUGAAAAUGAACAUAAAAGUUUUCCAAAAUUUACUUUACGAAAUAUUAUUCGAUUACUUGAUAGUGCAUAUCUUUUACGAUUAAAAUUUAAAUCUGAACUCAAUUUUAUUUCUAGUCUUUGGACAGCUUAUCAUGUUACAAUUGCAAAUCAAAUUAAAAAUAAUGAUCUUAAAAAUAAAAUUACUAAACAUAUUCAAAAAUUAUUACUUAAUAAUAAACAAUCUAUUGAAUUAAAACAACCUAAUUUUAUUAAUCAAAUCAAUCCAAAUAAAGAACAUAUUUUGACUGAUAGUCGAAUUAAUUAUGCUAAUGCAGUUUUAGGUGCUGUAGCUUGUAAAAUUCCACUUUUACUUGAAGGUCCAGCAGCAGUUGGUAAAACUGCACUUAUUUCACAUUUAUGGAAACAUAUGAAAUCAUCAGAUAAUAACACAAUAACACAUUCAUCUUCAGUAAAACUUGCACGUGUUAAUAAUACAGAUACAACAACUAUACAAGAUUAUUUCGGUACAUUUCUACCAGUUAAUAAAGAUUUUGUAUUUCAAGAAGGUGCACUCUAUCGAGCUAUGAAAAAUGGUUGGUGGUUUCUUGCUGAUGAAUUCAAUUUAGCUGAUCCAUCUGUUAUGAAUACUCUUUUUCCAUUAUUAGAAGGUAAAAAUUCUAUUGCUAUACCAUCAAGUGGAAAAAUCAUAAAAGCAAGACCUGGUUUUCAUUUUUUUGCUACACAAAAUGAUGCAUCCUAUGCAAAUCGUCAUCAAUUACCUGUUUCAUUACGGAAUCGUUUUCUUGAAGUUCAAUUUGAUGAUUUUCCAGCAAAUGAAUUACCAAAAAUUAUCUAUGAACGUAAUGAACCAGGCAAAGAAAAACCAAAAUGUUUGAAAGAAGAUUCAACUGAAAAAUUAUCGAAUUUCUAUCAUAAAGUUAUUAAAAAACAAUCACGAAUUACAUUUCGUGAACUUGUCAAAUGGCUUCAUCGACAUGCUAUAUUUUCACCUGAAAAAGAACUUUGGCCUGUUGUUGGUGCAUCACUUUUAGCUGUUAAAUAUCCAUCUGAAAGUUCAAUGAACGAAUCAUUAAUACAAGAUUUAAGAGCAGUAUGGUCAAAUAUAACCUUAUUGAAAAAUCCAGCAAUUGAAAUACGAUCCGUUGGUACUAGUGUUCGUUUUCGAGAAGCUGAUCUCUAUGUUGAUGUACCGAAUAUGAAACUAAACGACAGUGUCGUAUUAACAUCACCUGAAUCAUUUCAUCGUUCACUUGUUCGUCUUGCUCUUGCUGUACAUGCGAAAGAACCUGUUUUACUUGUCGGACCAACAUCAUGUAAAACGUUACUCGUCGAGACUUGGACUCGAUUAUCUGGCCGUUCUGAUGAACUCAUCAAAGUUCAUUUAACACCCGAUACAGAAGCAGGUAAUUUAAUUGGAGAACUUCAACCAUAUUCAUUUCUUGAUUUACUCAAACGUUUACCGGCUAUGGCUGAACGUGUUUAUAUUCGUUUUCGAAGUCUUUAUCGACAUGAAAAGAAAACAUUGAUAUUGGCACAGCAAGAUGAUGUUUCUUUACAAACACUUACUGAUGCAAUUAGAAUAGAUCUUCCAAAAGCUAUCGCUGCUUUUGAAAAAAUUUAUUCACUUAGCGAAGAACGUCGUCAACAGAAAGAUGAAGUUGUCGAUGAUUACGAUGAAAUUAUUGCAAAAGCUAAAGAACGACAGGCAUUACAACCUGAAGAACCCAUUCAAAAUACUUUCAUUAAUACUGGAUCAUCAUUAUUAAGAUCAUCAUCAGAAAGAAGUUCGUCUACACCAAGUUUUAAACAGAAAUUUUAUGAUGAUGAUGAUGAUAUAGACAUGGUAUUGUUAGAUAUGGGUAGAACAAAUGCAAACUUAUCGUAUGAUAGAAUAAAUGAUGGAACUAAUAGUUCUGCUGGUUUAAAUGAUGGUUUUGGUGGCUUUAGUAUUUCUACUGGUUUAAACGAUGGUUUUAGUGGAUUUAGUAUUUCCACUGAUUUAAAUGAUGGUUUUGGUGGUUUUAGCAACUUUAGUGAUCAGAGUUCAACACCAAAAGCUAUAAAUAAAGUUACAGUACAAACCCUAGAUGAUGGUUUCGGUGGUUUUACUUCUAAUAUUGAUGAAAGUUCAGUAUCAGUAUCUACAAAUAGAAUUACAACAAACAUAAUAGAUGAUGGUUUUGGUGGUUUCACUUCUAAUAUUGAUCAAAGUUCAGUAACAAUAUCUAAAAAUCAAACUACAAUAAACACAAUCGAUGAUGGUUUUGAUACAUCAGUCUCACCAUCCACAACAAUUGUUCAAUCGCAACCUAUUAAUCAACUCAAUGAUGGAUUUGAUUUACUUCAAUAUGUAACUCCAUCAAAAGAAACAAAAGAAUCAUUAAUAAAUACAAUCGAUGAACAAGAUAAUGCUCUUCUUAAUGAUGGUUUUCCAGGUGUAAUUACAUCAAGUGUAUCUAUUAAAAGUAAUUCAUCUUCAUCUCAAUCAUCACUUCCUACAACUCCAAGUACUAAAAUAGAUUUUCCCGAGGAAUUAUUACAAAUUAUGUCAGAUAUUAUUGAUAAUUUUAAAUCAAUGUUUGGACAGACAACUUAUGCAUCAUUCAUGUCAAAAGAUGCAACAUUACGUGACUAUUAUGAUAAAUUUCUUAAAGCUUGGGAUUGUCUUAAAUCUCCACAAUAUGAUCGUAGUAAACCAAUUUUUCUUUUCAAUGAUGGACCAGUAACAACAGCAGCAAAACAAGGUGCUAUUCUAUUUCUUGAAGAUCUUGAUCUACCAAGUCAAGCUGUUAUUGAACGACUUAAUUCAAUGCUUGAACCAAGUCCAACAUUUGCAUUAACUGAAGAUAUUACUAGUCAAGUUGAUAAAGGUCAAUUAGAUAUUAAUCUUCCAAAUUAUUUUCAAAUAUUUGCUAGUGUUCAUCAAGAACAAAGUCAUCAAUUACUUAAAUUAAGUCCAGCUACUCGAUCACGUUUUACAGAAAUUCAUAUAUCAUCCUAUUCAGAUGAUGAUCUUAAAAUACUUGUUAAAGCUGAAUUAAAUAAAAUUAAUAUAGAUAAGAAAGAACUUGAUUCAUUUAUUAAUAUAAUGUUUUUAUUACGUAAUAAAUUAAUUUAUGAUACAGAAUGGAAACUUAAAAAUGAUAUUCAACUUCUAUUUCGUUGGAUAGAUUUUAUUAAAAAUCAUCAUCAAGAACUUGAACUUACUCAUCGUAUGUUACUUGGUGUUCGUUUCUUCUAUUUUGAUCAAUUACCUAUCCCAAGACAUGCUUCUCUUUUCGAAGAUUGGUAUAAAACUUUGUCAUCUACAACAAUAUAUAAAAAUUAUGAACAUAUUUUUAAAGUACCUGAUCAUACACAUGGAGCAUUGACACUUGAUUUGAUAACAUCAAAUCAAAUAUCAACAAAAUUACCAUUUGAAAUCGGUUAUGAUUAUAUCAGUUUAAAUUAUACUGGUGUACGAUAUAAAUUUGAAUCAAAUGAUAAAAAAUUUGAUAUUGAACAACUUAAAAAGAAAUUUACAUGUGUACCUACUCCAACAUUACUUAAUCAAAUUGCACGAAUAUUUGCUGCUUCAUCAUCUAAAACACCUCUUCUUCUUGAAGGUCCACCCGGUAUUGGUAAGACACAAGUUGUUACACAAGUUUGUCAACUAUUAAAUAAAGAAUGUGAACGAAUAAAUUUAUCAUCAAAUACAUCACUUGAUCAAUUAAUCGGUUGUAUUAUUCCUCGAUUUAUUAAUGGAAUUCGAACAUUUCAAUGGCAAGAAGGUCGUGUCUUAUCAGCAAUUAAAACACAAAAAUGGAUUCUUUUCGAUGAACUUAAUUUAGCUGCUCCUGAAGUUCUUGAAGGUCUUACACCUCUAUUUUAUCGAGGUGUAACUGAAUUUCUUGUACCAAAUACAGGUGAAAAAGUUCCAUUGAAAAAUAUUCUUCUAUUUGCUACAAUGAAUCCAUCAACAAUAGGUGGUGGUCGUAGUAAAUUACCUCGUUCAAUAAGUAAUCUAUUUACUAUUGUUCAACUUGAUGAUUAUUCUGAAGAAGAAUUACGUAUUAUUCUUAAUAAAAUAUUUAAUCAAGAAUUAAAUGAAGAUAAAACAAUUACAAUGUCACAAAUUGAAUUAUUAUUUGAUAUGCAUACAUCACUUAAAUUACUUGUUCGUGAAGGAACACUUGGACGUACAGGUGGACCAUAUGAACUUAAUUUACGUGAUUUAACAAAAUUUCGUGAUAUAUUUCGUGGUUCAAUUAAAAGUCAAUUAUUUCAUUAUCAAUAUAUAAAUACAACUGAUGAUGAAGAUAAAGAUAUAAUACAAACAACAAAAUCUGAUGAUAUAAAAAAAUCAAAUGAAUUAAAUCAAACAAUGAAUACAUCGGAUGCAAGUUUCUUGUCGAUUCGAAAAUUUGCUCAAGUUGCUUAUGCAUGUCAAUUUCAAGAUCAAAUUGAUUUUACUAAAGCAUCUGAAAUGAUAAAUACUAAAUUUCCAAUUAAUGAAACAUUAAGUAAACGUGAAAAUGAUUGUUCAAUUGAUAUGGCUAUUGCUAGUGUUAUUCGUAUUGGUUCAAUUUAUAUAAAUACAGGUAGUGAAGAUAUAUCAUCAUCUAAUAUUGGUCUUAUUCAUACAAAGAAAACUGUUCGUCAACUUGAAUUACUUGCAGCAGCAUGUCAAUCGAAACGAACUAUUCUUCUUCAAGGUGAUAUUUGUUCUCGAAAAUCUUCUCUUGUUAUGGAAUUAGCUCGUUUAACUCGUAAUCGUCUUAUUAUUA